AUGACGCACACCACUCUCGGCUCUCCCUUCUGGCUCUCCCUCUCCCUCUCUCUAUCUCUCUCUCUCUGUCCCUUGUUUGACCGAGCGACCCACAGAGACGCAGUCAAGGAAUCCAAAGCCGCCCGCGCACACGGACGCGCGACACCUCGCCUCGCCUCUGAGUCCGACCUGCCAGCGCCACCGCCCCUCAUCUACACCUGCCAGCGCCGCCGCCCCUCAUCUGCACUUGCCAUCGCCGCCGGACACCACCUAGGCACGCAGCCACAUGACCCAGCAGCGCCGCCACUCCGCCCAUCGAUUUUGCCCACUGGAGGAGGUGUUUCUGCUCCUGGAACGAAGAGCAAGGGCAAGAAUAAGCCCAAGAGCGAGCGCCACCUUCUUGCGCCGUCGGCAGCUCCGGCAGCAACAGCUUCUCCCUCUCCAGCGCCAGGAUCAAGGGGCAAAAGGUCUGCAUCUCAGAGUAUUAGCCCUAGUGGAACUUGUGAAAGUCCAACUACAGAAGCAUCAGUAGCAGCAUCAGUGUCAGUGAUGGGUUCUUGUGCUCCAAAUGUUGACACCAGUUGCACUGGCAGUGGCGCUGGACCCGCUUGUGCACCAGCAACAACCACAACUCCAAAUGUCGACAAUGAUGACCCAGAGGAUGGCGAGGAUGAAGAGGAGGCUCACCUUUCUGGCAAGAGGUACAAGAAAUGCACAUCGUGGGUCUGGAAUUAUUUCACCAAGAAAAAGGAGUAUGUAGAGGUGGAAGGAAAGCAGAUUGAGGAGAUUUGGGGAUACUGCAAUUUCGCUAGGUGUGAUCAGAGAUAUAGAGCUGAGGGCGUCUGUGGGACGACUACAUUCAAGAACCAUUUGAAGUCAAAGCACAGUACUGUGAAGGGACAACAACAGCUUAAAGUUGGUAAGAACCCUGGUUCUGUAGCAGCUCAUGUUCAGCCUUUCAAAUAUGACCAAGAAGCUAGCUUGAAGAAAUUGAAUUUGGCAAUAACCAUGCAUGAAUAUCCUUUCAAUAUAGUUGAGCAUGAGUAUCUUGUUGAUUUCAUAAAAUCACUCCGUCCUAGCUUUCCGAUAAAAUCUCGUGUCACUGUUAGGAAAGAAAUAAUGGACAAUUAUUUCCAAGAAAAGGAAACUCUGUAUGCACACUUGAAAACUAUGAAUUGCCGCUUUAGUGCAACAAUGGAUAUGUGGACCUCAUGCCAAAACAAAGGAUACAUGUGUGUUACAAUUCAUUGGAUAGAUGAUAGCUGGCAUAUGCAAAAGAGAAUUAUUGGUUUCUUCAAUGUAAAAGGUAGGCAUAUUGGUGCAAAGUUGUCUGAGACAUUCACUGAAGUUAUGGUUAAAUGUUCAAAUGAAGUGGCUGCCAAUGAUAUAAUUUCAUAUCUAAAAGAGAAUGCUAAUGGUUCCCUAGUGUGUGAUGGGAUGUUUUUUCAUGUUAGAUGUGCCUGUCAUAUUCUCAAUUUGGUUGCUAGAGAUGGGUUGAAAGUCAUUUCAGGAACACUCAGCAAGUGGGAAGAGCUUAUGAAGCGUGCCACCAAAGUUGGGUUGGAUACAAAGAGGGGUAUUCAAAUGGAUGUUUCAACAAGUGAAGAUGCUACAAUUAGAGAAAUGGCAGUUGCUAUGAGUGCAAAAUUUGAGAAAUAUUGGGAGCAAUCCAACAUUGCUCUAGCUGUAGCCUGUUUUCUUGAUCCUAGGUAUAAGAAAAGGCUCAUAGAGUACUACAUGAAGAAGUUCCAUGGGAUUCAUUAUAAGCUGAACUUGAUGAGUUUAUUAGUGUGUUCUGCUCAUGCAUUAUCAAAGACAACUAGUGAAGUGACUGCACCUGCACCUAGUAACACAUAUGAUGUAUUAAUGGGAAAUACAGACCAUGACCUAGAAGAAUUCUUAUAUGAUGCAAGUGAACCUGCUGUGGUUGAGUCAAAUGAUUUGGAGGGGUAUAUGUUGGAACCACUACUGAAAAUUGUUGGUGAGUUUGACAUCUUAGCGUGGUGGAAAAACAAGAGAGAAGAGUAUCCUAUCCUUUCACAAAUUGUUAGGGAUGUAAUGGUUGUACAAGUAUCAACAGUAGCAUCCGAGUCUGCUUUUAGUGCUGAUGGUCGUGUUGUUGAUCCCUAUCGUAGUCGUCUUGAUCCCGAGAUGGUACAGGCAUUAAUUUGCAUAAAGGAUUGGGUUGCUGCAGCAAAUAAAGAUUCUAAAAUGGUUGGAUCAAUUGUGAGUGAUCUUGAGGUUGAUGCUUUGACUAAUGUUGUGGCUAAGCUGAAAAUUGAGGAAUACCUCCAGGACCCCAACCUCAAACAAUCUGAUUCUGACAUGAAUUCUUGGUUCAACAAGGAAAAUAUUAUUCAUCAGCUAUCUAUAUCUAUAGUUCAGUAA